AUGGGUCUCAGCACUCUGAAUGAAGCGUCGGACAACUCCAUGAUGUCGGAGCCCGCCCAGGCAAUGCCUGCUGACGGCACAGGCAUUGUCCAGCUCGAUCCCUGGCUGUCGCCCUUCAAGGAGCCUCUUCGCAGCAGAUACAGCAAGGCGCAGGAGUGGAUCAAGAAACUGGAUGAAAAUGAAGGGGGGUUAGGACAGUUCAGCAAGGGCUACGAGAAGUAUGGUUUCCACGUACAGGACAACGGUGACAUCGUGUACCGAGAAUGGGCGCCGAACGCGCUUCGAGCAUACCUUAUUGGGGAUUUCAACGGAUGGAACCGCGACUCGCACGAAAUGAAGAAAAACGACUUUGGCGUCUUCGAGAUCACACUGCCCGCAAACAAUGGCCAGCCAGCAAUCCAACACGAUUCCAAGAUCAAGAUAUCCCUCGUCGUUCCCAACGACCAAGCGCGCCAGGAGCGCAUCCCAGCUUGGAUCACAAGAGUCACCCAAGAUCUGUCAGUAUCUCCAGUAUACGACGCAAGGUUCUGGAACCCACCCAAGGAACAGAGAUAUGUCUUCAAGAACCCCAAGCCAAAGAAGCCUGCCAGCGCCCGCAUCUAUGAGGCGCAUGUCGGUAUCUCAUCGCCUGACCCGAAGGUUGCCACAUACAAAGAGUUCACGCAGAACAUCCUCCCCCGAAUCAAACAUCUCGGCUACAAUGUCAUUCAGUUGAUGGCGAUAAUGGAGCACGCCUAUUACGCCAGCUUUGGCUACCAGAUCAACAGCUUCUUCGCUGCUAGCAGCCGCUACGGGCUCCCGGAUGAUUUGAAGGAGCUCAUCGACACCGCGCACGGUAUGGGCAUUACAGUGCUCCUGGACGUGGUCCACAGUCACGCCUCGAAGAACGUGCUCGAUGGACUGAACAUGUUCGACGGCAGCGACCACUGCUAUUUUCAUGAAGGCCAAAAAGGAAGACACGAGCUCUGGGACAGCAGGUUGUUCAACUACAGUCACUACGAAGUCCUUCGUUUCCUUCUUAGCAAUCUACGAUUCUGGAUGGAUGAAUAUCAGUUCGACGGAUUCCGGUUCGAUGGUGUGACAAGUAUGAUCUACACCCAUCAUGGUAUUGGCACUGGCUUCUCCGGCGGAUACCAUGAGUACUUUGGCCCAGGUGUUGAUGAGGACGGCGUUGUGUAUCUUAUGCUCGCCAACGAGAUGCUCCAUUCAAUCUUCCCCGACGUCAUCACCAUCGCUGAAGAUGUCUCGGGCAUGCCCGGCCUCUGUGUAGCACUGUCGCUUGGCGGCGUUGGCUUUGAUUACAGACUGGCCAUGGCGAUCCCGGAUCUCUACAUCAAAUGGCUCAAGGAGAAGCAGGACAUCGACUGGGACAUGGGCAAUCUGGCAUUCACUCUGACGAAUCGCCGACACGGCGAGAAGACGAUCGCGUACGCAGAGAGUCACGAUCAAGCGCUGGUCGGCGACAAGUCUCUCCUCAUGUGGCUCAUCGAUGCCCAGAUAUACACGCACAUGUCGGUGCUGAUGGAGCUGACGCCUGUGGUAGAUCGUGGCAUUGCCAUGCACAAGAUGAUCCGGCUCAUCACACACGCGCUUGGUGGUGAGGGCUAUCUCAACUUCGAAGGCAACGAGUUCGGUCAUCCCGAAUGGCUCGACUUUCCAAGGGAGGGCAACAACAACAGCUUCCACUACGCACGCCGACAGUUCAACCUAGUCGAUGACCACAACCUUCGUUAUAGGUUCCUCAACGAGUUUGACAGCAAGAUGCAGUGGACCGAGGAGAAGUACGGCUGGCUGCAUUCGCCGCAGGCGUACGUCAGCCUGAAGAACGAGAGCGACAAGGUGAUCGUCUUCGAGCGAGGCGGUCUCUUGUGGAUCUUCAACUUCCACCCGUCAUCUAGCUUCACGGAUUACCGGGUCGGCAUUGAGCAAGAAGGCACGUACAGGAUUGUGAUCAACACCGACAGCAAAGACUUUGGUGGACACGAUCGGAUAGACGAGAGCACGAGAUUCUUCACCACCCCGUUCAGCUGGAAUGGGCGCAAGAACUUCCUGCAGGUCUACAUCCCCAGUAGGAGCGCUAUCGCCCUGGCCCUCGAAUCUACCUUGUGA